UUUAGCUAAAGCUUUUGAUACAGUCCCUCAUGAUCGACUCCUCAAAAAACUUGAAGCGAUGGGAAUCACUGAUACAUUACUGGAUUGGCUUAAAGAUUAUUUGAAUAACCGCUCUUUCUCUGUCCAAGUUGAAUCAACGAUGUCCGAAGAACACAAUAUUACCAGUGGUGUCCCACAGGGUAGCCUAUUGGGCCCCAUCCUAUUUAUUGCAUAUAUAUAUGACCUUACUGAAUUUUGUAAAACUCCACAUGUCACACCUAAAUUAUUUGCUGAUGAUCUUAAGGCCUAUUUCACUUUUGACUCUACACAAUAUAACUAUCACUCUCCACUCCAAAACUUUAUUAAUAAAUUUUCAAACUAUUGUAAGAUUAACGGCCUUAAAAUCUCAAUAAAUAAAUGCAAAUCUUUACACAUUGGCUCUAAAAAUCCAAAUCAUGAAUACUCCUUAGAAAACUCACCAAUCCCAAUUACACAACAAAAUGAAAGCAUUCGCGACUUGGGUAUCCACUUCACAUCCGACUUAAAAUGGGAGUCACAUAUUAAGAUUAUCACUGCGAAAGCUACAAGAACCUACUUCACCAUUAUUAGAUCACUCAAAACAAGAAACCCAAACUUUCUUAUAACUCUCUUUAAAAUUUACGUUCUCCCAAUCCUCGAAUUCGGAUCGCCUGUUUUCAACCCCUACCUACAGAAAGAUGUACUCUCCCUUGAAAAUGUUCAAAAGAAAUUCCUCCAAAUUGUUUAUUUACGUUCGGGCAAAACUAAAAACUCAAAACAAUUACCUGACUAUCACAAACUCCUCGAAUUGUUUCAACUUGAACCUCUAUCACAUAGACGUCUAAAAUCUAGCCUUAUUCUAUUCCACAAUAUUAUCUCCGGCAAAAUCCAACUUUCACACCCUAACUAUUAUACAACCAAACCAACCACUACUAGAGGUAAUCCACACAAUAUCUUUAUCCCAUUUUGUUCAACCACAAUUCGGAAAAACUCAUUUUUCAUUAAAAUCCCAGAUAUCUAUAGAAAACUCCCUACAAAUAUUCAAAAAGCAUCCACUGAUCUGUUCCCUAAGCUCUUAAACACACUCGAUCUAUCUCACAUUUUUGACAAAAAUUUAUCACAGUAA